CAGAGACCACUGAAAAUGACUCCCAAGAAGACUGCCGCUCCCUUCCUAUGGUUUUCUUUUUGCUUUGGGAAUGUUCUUGAGGCAGUGGUGCUGGGAUCGGUGCAGUACCCCUCUGAUAACGGGCUCCACUCACAUCUGGAUGCGCGCGGUCCUGCAGAAGCCAGCGCGAGCUCUCGGAACGACUCCACAUCUGUUCAUGUUCCGUCUUACAUGAUCUCUCUGUACAGGACUCUGUCGGAACUGGACCGACGGGGAAGUAACGGCAGCCAGACGCGCUCCAGGAGAUAUGCCAAUACAGUGACCAGCUUCAUUGAUCUGGGACAAGACGAGCCUUCUCUAAAGCACCACCAGCAGUACACAUUCGACCUGGCUGGUCUCUCGCGACUGGAUGAACUGAUGGAGGUGGAGCUCCGGGUUUUGAGGAGGCCACCGCCUGAUGUCUUAAGUUUACUCUUCUCUGGUGGGAACCUUUACCGACUACUCCUUCACACCUGCUCCCUCCCAGGAUCCUCCUACCAACCUCUGCUCCUCACCUCCAGGACCAUUGAUCUUCUAGAUACCACUUCAGCCACAUGGGACGUGUUUGACGUUGGUGCAAACGUGAAAACGCACCUGAAGUUGCACAGGGCCGCAGAAGGCAGCAGGCCAUUGUGCUUCAGCAUAUCGGUCGUUUCUGAUUCAAAUAACGAGGUGGUGCAUCCCAGCAUGCUCGGUCUGAGCCACGAGGACCAGCAGACCCAUGAAAAGGCCUUACUGGUAGCUUUCACUCGAGCUCGGAGGAAGGAGAACCUUUUUAGGGAAAUCCGUGAGAAGAUAAAGGCCAUGAAAAGUCGUAAAUUUCCUAAUCCUGCACCGGAGCAUGGUAUCAAAGGUCAUCCAAGGCAUCGGAGGAGGAGGCGGACUGCAUUAGCAGGCCGUUCUGGUGUAGGACCCGCGACAGGGAGUGUUGCCGGUGGAGGAAAGGGUGGUGGCAGACGGAGAACACGUUGCAGCCGGAAGCCGCUUCACGUGAACUUCAAAGAACUGGGUUGGGACGACUGGAUUAUUGCGCCACUAGAUUACGAAGCGUAUCACUGUGAGGGUUUGUGUGACUUUCCCUUGCGCUCACACUUGGAGCCGACCAACCACGCCAUCAUCCAGACUCUCAUGAACUCCAUGGACCCGGAGUCCACCCCUCCCAGUUGUUGUGUUCCUUCUAAACUCAGUCCUAUUAGCAUCCUGUAUAUCGACUCUGGGAAUAAUGUGGUUUAUAAACAGUACGAGGACAUGGUGGUGGAGAGCUGUGGGUGCAGGUAGCAAUGUGAGUGAGGGGUGAAC